AUGAUGAUACCAUUUUUGUUGACAAAAAAGUCUUUAAAACGAAAUUAUAUACAUAUAGCUGUCACUGUGGUAAUAACUGCACAAAAGCUUAUGAUGGGUUCUGUAGGAAGACUUGGUGAGUUUUUGGAGGGGGUAUCAACUGAAUUAGACAGAUGCAUGCAGUUUUGGAUGGAGCACUCCCAUGAUGACAAAUAUGGUGGAUUUAUCAACUGCCUUGGAAGAGAUGGUAAACCAUUUGACAGCUUAAAGUAUUGUUGGAUACAGGGUCGACAGGUUUGGACGUAUAGUAAGCUCUACAAUGAAGUAGAACGCUUUCGCAAACCAGAGAUUCUCCAAGCAGCUAUACAAGGGGCUGAGUUUAUCAUGAAGCACAUGAAGGUUGCUGGAACGGGAAAGUGCUACAUGAUUCUAACCAGAGAGGGGAAACCUCUCAAAAUACAACGAACAAUAUUCUCGGAAUGUUUCUACACAAUGGCCUUAUCUGAGUUGGCGAAGGCAACAGGAAAUCAAGAUUACUUGGUUGAAGCAGAAAUGACCUUCAAAAAGAUAAUCUACUGGGUUCAAACGGAUGAUAAUGAGCUAGGACGACCCAAAUACCAUUCAAGUAUCGUCAUGAAUACGCUUGCCAUUCCCAUGAUGCUUCUGUGUCUCUUUAAUCAAAUGGAGUCCGUCGCAGAGAACCAGUUGAAAAGUCAACAUUCAGAACUUUUAGACUGGUGUAUUGAACAGAUAUCCAAACACGUCCAGAGAGAUGGAUCUGUGAUAUUAGAGAAUGUUUCUCCAAGUGGGGAAGAACUAGAGGGUGUAAUAGGAAGACACAUGAAUCCAGGUCAUGCUAUAGAGGCAGGCUGGUUCAUGCUACAACAGGCCUCUAAGUUGAAAAGAGAAGAUCUGCGAAAUUUAGCUAUUGAAAAGUUCAUCCUAAACCCUUUCAACUAUGGCUGGGAUGAAAAAUAUGGGGGACUGUUCUACUUUAUGGAUGCAGAUCAAUUACUGGAUCCCGAAUUGACUUCUACACACCUUGAAUGGAAUAUGAAACUGUGGUGGCCACACAGUGAAGCCAUGGUCGCUCUCCUUAUGGCAUACAAAGAAACAAAAGAAACUGUAUAUCUGGAUAAGUUUCAACAGACGUAUGAUUAUUGUUGGGAACAUUUCGUGGAUCCUAAAUAUGGGGAAUGGUAUGGCUACUGUACUCGCAAUGGUGAUGUCAGUAUGCCUCACAAGGGAACUCAAUGGAAAGGCUGCUUUCAUAUUCCUCGAAGUCUACUGAUGUGUGAGCAGAUGUUGAAAGAGAUUCUCAAGGAGCAAACCAACAGUAAUAAGUAGAAAAACAAACAGUAGUGUUUCAUAUAACAAUUAUAACCCUCCACCACCUCAACAUACACAUCUAUAAUUAAUGCAGUAAAGGGAGGGGGUGUACUUAACACAAAAAAUGAUAGAUGAAUAAGAGUAUAGAUGAAGGGAAUAUGAUGAAAACAUGGACAUUGCUUAUCACUGCAUCUCAUUCACCAUGGCAACUUAAAUAUCACAUCAUUUCAUUAGAGAUGUUUUAUAUUAUAAAACAGAUUAAAUAUAUAAGUGUCUAUGUGUGUCAACAUGUGGUUUCUAACUUUCUGUCAACAUCCAUCUAUUGCACAUCUCAUUUUAUGAUUUUGAUCAAAUAUUUUUAGUAUAUCAUAAUUGAAUUGAAUUAUGUCAGUUGCUAGGUUACAGUUCAAAUACACAAUGUGAGAUAUUCAUAAAAUUAUAAUUGAAUAGAAGACUUGAAAUAACAUUAAAAUGUGACCAGAUGUCUGAAAAGUGUAGUCUCCAUACAUGUUCAUACUUAUUGGCUGGAAAAUCAAAACAGUGUAUUUGUCCUCCAAAUAAAAACCCAUGGGGAUUAUUUUGAAAGUAUUUUCAAGGUCAUAGGAUCAUUUGAGGUCAUAUGUCAAAGGCUUUUGAUGAUAAAAUUGUAUCUUCAGCUUAUUCUAUAUCCAAUUAACUACAAGAUACAUUUUGUUAAUACAUUUCGUAACAAAAUCAUUCAAAUUAAUCUCCAGAAUUUGGUGAACCUUUGCAAUCGCUAUUUGAAUUUAAAUUAAGACCAAGAAACAUCAUGAGAAAUAAUGUAUAUAUAAAAAGAAAUGUUUCACCAAGACCAUGUUAUAUUUUUUAUGUGCAAUCUGCAGUGUAUUAUAAUCCCCAAUUAUGUGUACAUAUUACUCAAUAGAUGUAGCCAAUUUAUACACUUGUUAAUGAGAUAUAAAUUUUUAUUAAAAUAUUUUUAUGAAAAAUAUACUGUGCCAUACACAUGUGUUUUAUGAUGUUUCUAUGUGAUUUUUGAGUUUAUUAAAAUAUUAUUGCAUUUUUAUUUUGAUAUUUUAUAAUAGUGCAAGUUGUAAUUGAUAUGUUAUGAUUUUUGUCUAUUACAUGUAUUCCCAAAAAAUAUAUAUUAUUAUCAUUUACACUUUCCACACUUAAAACAUGAUAUGGAUAAUAGAUAUUUAGUAAUACAGUAUUGUAUAUAUGAAUAUGUACAGUAAGGGCAAUUGUUUAUUUUAAUUGGUGAUAGAAUGCAAUAGAGUAGAUGACUUGCCAUUGUAGUGUAGAGCAUAUUAUUCCAAGAUUAUAUAGUUUUAACAGGUAACCCCUGUAGGACAUCCUGAUUUCUUGGGAUUCUCUAGACAAAACAUAUAUCAUAUGCAUUACUAGGGUUGUAUAACAUUUCAUAAAGUUAAGCCGAUAUAGUUUGUCUUCUAUGUUGCCAUGGUUACUGAUUCAAGAAUUCUAUAUUCAUGACGAUAACAGGAAAUGCACCCUCAGAGUUUGAGUAAUAUAAACUAAUAAAUUUAUUUUUUGUUACAAAUAUAACUUUAUUGUUAGAAUAAAUUUUUAUAUACAAUGUGCAAUAUUAUGUUUAUUCAUACUAUUCUUGUGCACUGAGCUUAAUGAACUGAAGAGUGAAGAACCAUGUGAUAUACAAAAUUUUGAUAUAAUCAUGCAUGUGACGUAGAAAAUGUUGAUAUAUUCAUCCAUGUGAUAUGCAAAAUUUUGAUAUAUUCAUGUAUGUGACGCCGGGAUGUGACGUACAAAAUUCUUCCAGAAUGCUGAACACAUAUCAACUUAAGACUAGUAACAGAAUUAUUAUACUAGAUGUAUUCCUAAUCUAUUGUACUGUACACAUGGUUAAUUUGGCAAUAUUCAAUUCAAUUCACCACAUUCAAACAACCACCAAAAUAUCCAGUUACAAUACCAUCUACCUAUAGCUAGACUACUUAAAUGAAGAUCCAACGCAACCUCAAACCAAUCCAAAAAACAUUUAGGCCUUUAUCACAUUGAGGUGUGACAUCAUUGUUAAAAUGUGACAUGACAUCAUUGUUAAAACGUGACAUCAUUGUUAAAGUAUGACAUGACAUCAUUGUUAAAGUGUGACAUCAAAUUCUUAAAGAUAAUAUACUGUAGAUUGCUCUAAUUUGAUGGCUAUUUUAAAUAGGUGGCUAAUUAGGUGGAUUAUCAAAAAUGCCAAACUUAAAGUCUCCACCAAUUUUUAGAAAAAAUCCCCGAGAUCUUAUAGCCCGUUAGUCUCAUUAAGAAUUUGUUCAAUAUUGAUUUGUAACCCCACUCUUUACAUUGAAGCUCAUAGUGUCAUAUAUUAAGUUAAAGCCUCCCCACAUCACCCAAGAGUAACCUGGCCACAUAACUUCCUAGCUAGCCCUCCGAUAUUCAUCUUUUAGUCAAAAUUAAAAUUUGGCCUAUCCACCAAAUUGAAUAGCGCCAAAUUUAAGCAAUUU